AUGAGGAUUUCGGGUGCUGUGAGAGGGGCCGCACGCCGGCAGGUAUUGGCAUCAAUGGGUCCGCACUAUACCGACCGCUCUUCGUUGGCGAACGAGACGAUCACUUUGGCCGUCGCCUCCAACACCGACGGCAACUCAACAUUACCGAGUGUGGCCCCCGUAGUGUCCGACACUAUAGACCAGCCCUGUGCCGGUCGGCCACACUCUAUCGCCUCUCUGUCCACCCUUUCCAACAUUAAUACAAAGCAUUGCUUUUGCAAUAAUGAUAUCUUCGGGCACUUGUGGUGUCGGCCGGCCCUCUCGGUCGUGACUGAAGUGCACGUAUUCGCCAAUUCUGUACAUCUCUUCGGGAAACGUCUGAUCCGUGAAGUCGUUUACACCGAAAGACUUUCGCCAUUUCAUGGCUUUGAGGAGUGCCACAAAUCUGUUCGCACUAAAACAACUAAAUUAAAACUAAAAUCCUUGUGCUGUGAGAGGGGCCGCACGCCGGCAGGCAUUGGCAUCAAUGGGUCCGCACUAUACCGACCGCCCAAUUGUGUCGUGUCCGACACCGCGAUCCAGCCCUCGGCGUGUCGGCCCGACUCGAUCACCUCGUUGUCCACCGUUUCCAUCAUCCAUACAAAGUGUUGCUUUUGCAAUAACGACAACUCCGGACACUUGCGGUGCAAUCGGCCGGCCCUCCCGGUCGUCGCCGAACCGCACGUAUUCGCCGAUUCGGUAAAUCUCUUCGGGAAACGAUUGGGCGGUAAAGUUGUUGACACCGAAAGCCUUUCGCCAUUUCAUGGCUUUGACGAGCGCUUUGAGGGCCGAGUCCUCCGUUUUGUUGGUCAACACAAACCUCUCGACCCACCAGUCCUUCUGCGCCACGCGUUUCACGUCUCUCGGGUCCCACAAUUAAUCAAAAGUCGAGGCUUUAAGUCAACGAACUAUAGGGUAACCACCGAUGAUGGCUAUAAUUUGGGUAUUUUCCGUAUAGUUAACCCCUAUUGGAGGGGCGAAACUAUACCCAUAUUAUUAUGGCACGGGAUAGGCAUCUCUUCCGAUUUUUGGCUGUUCUCCAGCGCCGGCUAUUUGUCAACCAAUGGUGUCUAUAGCGAACAAAACCCCUGA